AUGAAAUCGUCCCAGGGGACAUCGACCAGGCGAGUAAGCGAGAAAUAUCAGCGCUCUCCUUUCAUCGUUACGAUCCAUUCAGGGACUUCAGUGCUGAGGUCUGCCAUGAACAAGACAUAUGACAUGUCAAUCGAAACCGAGAAUUCGGAACACAACAUCGACCGCCAAAAGACACGUACAAUAGAUAUAAUACCGGCACUGUGGUCUGCAAGAGCGAUACCUCAUACACCUCAAUUUGGUGACCCGUACAAACUCAUUGGAGACUGUUAUGAACGGAUCUCAACGGCGGAUGAGUGGGAGAUCCUCGAUCCAGGAAGCGAAAAUCUACCAUACUUAGCACAUAUCAAGUCACUGUCGCCGACAUGGCGGACACUACGUCAUCUGGCCGACUGGAUGCAAGUGGGAACAACGCCACUACGAUGGGCUGAACUGAAAAAAGAUCCGGAACAACGCAAAGAAAGAGCACAUAGGACAAAAGUCAACUUUAUCGAGUAUCAGCCAGCAACAGCGCCGACCACAACAUCUAUAAGAACACCCAUGGCUCUCAAGGAAACACUCCAUGCUCUCUCACACGACAAGUCGAAAGCACCUCCUUUGAGACUGUUCAUUGUCGAAGACCUAUCACAACAAGUGAUUGAAUUACUAGGGUCACGAUUUGACAUCGACCCACUGUUCUUCCGUGAGCAAAUAGACGACUACGUGUGGCACAACACACGCGAUCCCUGGGCCAUACCGCCCAGUCUGAUGUCAAAUAUGAAGCAUCGACCCUGGUUCCGGAUGCGCAACGUUCGACUACGAUAUCAUGCAACAGAAGAGGAGUAUCAGAAAUCCCGGUACGAGGCCAACGCGUGGAACGUACUCCGACGACCAGACAACGACGAGAAUCACUGGCACUACCAAGAUCGCGAUGGAGCCGUCGUGUCCAUCAUCCGUACACGUACGACGAUGUGGAUUGGCAAGGAUAAAAAAUGUGGGAACGGAACCGUGGGCAUCGUGUUGUUGGAUCCCACUGUCAAACAAGGACAACCCCUUUGGUACGAUCGUACCAUGUGGCUGCCCUCGCCUAAAAUAGGAGCCCAGACUAUCCCUCACAUCAAGUCAUCCAUGUCAUGGUUCGAGGAUAUAUGUCAGAUGACAGAAGUGUUUCCUUGGUUCGAGCUCAGCGAAGGAUACGCGAUCAAUGCCCAGGUGCUUGCGAAACCCACGCUCUACACAAUCUGCGCAGAGUGGCUGGUCGUGUGUGAUUACGUCAAAGCACGCCUGAGUCAGAUCGAAUGGGAACUCGAACUUCCACGCCUCUUCCGCUCGAAAGGUGACGCAAUCGACACCUCGUUGAAGCGGCUACACACGUGGCGGCGUCAGAUUCCCGUCUUUAGAGAAAUGGUCACCGAGACGUUGGAGCAUGCGCUACCGGCUGCUGCGAGGCUGACUACUCCUUCUUCCUCUUCUUCUGUGCACGGCACAGCCCCUAAUUCUCCUCUCUCGGUCCGGUCAACAUUUUCAGAGGGCGUGGUUAUCAAUUUUGAGAAUGUGGAUGGCUUUGAAGAUAUCAUUCCCGACUUCCGUCGCGUCCUUGCUAUCAUCAAUGAGCUUCAGGAACGGGUCGAUCGACUAACAGGUAUCGUCACUUCAGAGAUUUCUAUUGAAGACUCGCGGCGCGGGCUAGAGGAGAAUCACAAUAUGGCGAGGUUGACGUGGCUUGCUACGAUCUUCAUCCCCAUGACCUUUGUCUCUGGCUUGUAUAGUAUGAAUGAGAGCGUGGCUGCGCUGAAGAAUACGUAUGGGUGGUAUUUUCUUACGGCAGUGCCAUUUACGCUGGUUGUCAUGGCGAUUGGGUGGGUAGCUGGUGGGGGGUCGCUGACGCCUUGGAAGACCAAUUCCUCGAAGGAAAAAGGGAUGAUAGGAGGUGUGGAGAGUAAGAAAGCGAGAUGA